CUCACUCACUCACUCACUCACACACCCACUCACUCACUCACUCACUCACUCACUUACUCCAUCACGCAUUAUUAAGCGUGAUUUAAAGGACAACUAAGCACACAAAAUGCCGAUUAAGCGACGCAAAUGUGUACUGGGAAGGAGGUGGAACUGACAACAUUCACUUUACAUACCAUGCAGGUUAUCAACAUGACGUCAUACAAAACACACGCACAAUGGCUUCAGAAUAACAGUAUCAACUUCGACUGGGUCACCAGUGCCAAUCACACCACUGUCGAGAUCGUCAACCCCAGGCCCUUUUAUACUGUAGGGGACAUUCUACACAUGGAAAUCAUAGCUAGGGACGGCAAAGGCAGGCGCAAACUGUACGGAGGUGACUACUUCCAAGCAGUGUUGAAGAACAGCAGUAUAAAAGGUAGCACAGCAGGUAGGAUCCGGGACCACGGAAACGGAGUGUACACCAUCACAUUUGUACUAAGCUUCGCGGGGACUGUGACUCCAGAAAUACUCCUCGUCCACGUCAGUGAAGCUGUUCUACUUUUGGAACAGUUUAGAAAAGUUCCCAACAAAAGGAAGUGGUAUUGUGGGUUCCAGGAUGGAGAAAAGAAAUUAAAAAAAUCAUGCACCUUUUUUGCCAACCAAUCCAUGUCUUUGACCGACCAGUGUGACUUUUCAGCACCAAACACAAGUCGAACGUGGUUCUGUGAAAAGCCCAGAGACGUCCCAUGCGAAGCAAUCACUAGAUGCCAGUCAACCAAAUACUAUGAGGCAGUCGACGCGAUGGUGUCAAUUGAACAGCGAAAACUUUUUCAAAGUCCAUUCUGGAAGGCUAUACUCUUCUGCAGGAAUGCAACAGUUCUUGUUAAACCGAACAAUGAUGCGAUAUCGUCCUUACCAUCAUGUAGGCCAGGCAUGGCACGAGGUCAAUCAGAGGGAUAUUGGAGUAAUGGACAGUGGAACUCAUUGACGUGCAGAGCAAAACAUUUUGGGGCACAAAAUAUUUCGACAUGUCUAGCUAACCGUACGGUUCACUUUCUGGGUGACUCGACCAUCCGUCAGUGGGCCGAACGCCUGGUACAGCGGGGAAUUGUGGAACAGGGACCUGGUAACCGUAUGAAGGGACCGUACACUAACAUCAAUCGUCUUCAUGGAUUUCAGAUUUCAUUUCGUUUCCACACGGUUCCACAACAAGGCAGUGCACAAUUUACAUUCAAGAACCUUACAAAGAGAGGCGUAUCAGUGGAGAUAAAAGAUAUGAUCGGGGGUCCCCACCUUGUGAUUGUACUGAGCUUGGGCGCGCACUUUGCAGCAGAACCCAUUGAAGUCUAUCGCUUACGCUUAGCUGAAAUAAAGUCCGCUAUUGACGAACUACAAAGAAGAUACCCUGGAACCAAAGUCAUUAUCAAGACGUGUAACACACGAAGUCAGCGCGACUACAGGGAUAUGGUUAUGCAGUCUGAUUGGCUGUUAGACCAACUAAACCAGGAAAUUAGGAGCAUUCUGGGAAAUUCCAAAGUCACCAUUUUGGAUGUGUGGGAAAUGACCAUGAGCAUGUGGUACCGACACAACAUACAUCCCCCAAGGCGAGUGGUUGACAAUGAGAUCAACCUACUGAUGUCCUACAUAUGCCCCAAUGAAAACCCUGACCUCACGUGACUCGGAUCAGGAGCCUCCACUGGGAGGUCAGCCACGCUCAGUCCGGGCUGCGUUCUCAAGCCGUCCUCGAUUCGGCCAACGAAGUCUUUAAUACUAGCUUCACUGUUUCACCCACCCACCCACAAAGUGGUCUCCAAUGUUUGUGAACACCAUUAAAACUUCUUCCAAACCCG